GAUGAAAUUAGUUUGGGGAGAAACAAAGAGCUGGAGCGACACAUCAAGGCGGAUGCUGGAGAAGAGUUCACACACGUAGCUUUGACAAAACCUCUCUCAGUGUGGUGGGAUCUUUCAACAGAGACAACAAAAUGCGUGGGUUGUUUUCCACCCUCAUCGUGGUGCUUGUGGCCUUAAUGAUCGUGACUACAGAGGCUGGGAAAAACAAGAAAGAUAAAAGUAAGGGUGGGAAGGGAGGUGCCAACUGCACAGAGUGGCGCUUUGGCAGCUGUGUGGCCAAUAAUGGGGACUGUGGUCAAGGCAUAAGGGAGGGCACCUGUAAUGAGCACACCAAGAAUGUAAAUUGCAAAGUGCCCUGCAACUGGAAGAAAGAUUUUGGAGCCGACUGCAAGUAUAAGUUCAGUAACUGGGGCGAGUGUGAUGCAGCCACAAGCAAAAAGAGCCGCUCUGGGAUUCUUCAAAAGGCUCUCUUCAAUGUUGAAUGUCAGCCAACCAUCUCUGUCUCCAAACGCUGCAGCACCAAGGUCAAAAACAAACCCAAAGGAAAGAAAGGAAAGGGGAAAGGGAACUAAAGAGAGCGAGAGAUCCAGAGGAGCAUUGAAGACCCGGCGGUCGUCUGUCUUUAAUAUCUCUACUCAGUGCUCUUCAGAAUGAACGUGACUCAACACAGCCACAAACACAUAGCCUGUAGUCAUUUUCUCUUGGGUUUCUUUAGAAGACUAUGACUGAGUAACAACAGAGUAACUGAAUCAUUACAUUACUCUUUCACAUGUGAGGGGGAGGGGAGAAUAAAAUGCUGUUGUUUAGAGUGCGAUGCCCUGUAGUUGACCCAUUCCUCUGACCCUUUUCACAAGCACUGAGUGCACUCUCUCUCUCUCUCUCUCUCUCUCUCUCUCUCUCUCUCUGUACCAUCAUCUAAGCCUCAGGCCUCUCAUUUGUUAAAGAACAACACAAUCGGUAGAUAUAAAUCAGACACAUCUAUUUUUAUAACUGUUUCACUUACAAAUUUGGUUUUUGUAAAAUUGUAUAAUUACAGUAUUAUAUUUCUAGUGGGGUAAAUAAGUAGUGUUUGAAUAAGUCCCUUCUCUUUUUGUAGCCAUAAAUCUGAGGAGUGUUGUUUCAUAAAAUGAUUUUUCUUUUCUUUUUCUAUAAAAAGUUGUAGUUCAUGUAAGGAUUGUUUUUGUGAAAAUAUCCCAAUGCAGUUUGUUUUUCCUUUUGACUUGAUGACUGUGUUACUAAUAUAUCUAAGAGGUGACGGAGGGUUAUAAUAUGGAACAAGUAUUAAACUCAAUGGACUCCACAGAGACAAGUCCCCUCUUUCUACAGUAUAAACCAUUUUAAUUUGUAAGAACAGUUUAUAAGAAUUUUAGAAAUACAGUGAAGUUUUGUUAUUGAGCUUUGUGUUAUAUGUACCUAAAGGUAAAAUAUUAACAACAGUUCAUUAUUAAAGA